UUCUUUCUCAUUUCCCUCUCCCCGUCCCAACAAACAUUAUAUAGCUAGAGAAUAGAGACGUAACUUCCAUUCCAUAUGAAUCAUUUAGUUGCUUUACCCAAACAUAAAGAAUAUUAGUUGUUUAAGGAAGAUAUAUUAUUUAGAAUAUUAAAUAUACCGAGAAAUUAAUUAUAUGUGUGAGCGGGUACCUAUGGGGCGGGUUUACCUAAACCCAAACCCAACCCGACCCGGUGAAUAGUGUAGCGGGUUUAAACCCAAACCCGGCCCAAAACCCGUCAACACGGGUUUUAGCCGCAUUGACCGGGUUGGGUCGGGUGGGUACCCGUGGGUUCGGGUUUUGUUGCCAUCCCUAGUCUCGAGUCCUUUCUAAAAUGUGUAAAUAAUCUCUCUUAGUAAAAAACCCUAGAUUUGAGAUCUCUCAAUCGAUCGGAGCAGAGCCGCUGUUCAGAUAUGAUAGCACGCAUGAUCGCUAUCUGACGAAUAUUCUAUGGCUUGAUUCAGUAGUGGUGCAGACGAGAUGAUGAAGCUAGCUUAUCCGAGUAUCUCCGCCCAUUUUCACCAGCCUCUGUCCAUAGAUUUGAAUUGCGGCCAGCGUUCUCCAAAUCUUAGUAGUGGUGGUGUUCUAGGUUGCAGGGGCUUCCACAUUGUUCCAGCUUUAUCCAGCCAUUCUGUUGGGAGAGGUCUGUCUUCAUUUCACCUUGGUGGGUCUGCUUGGUUUCUUCGGUGAUCGGAGCUGAAAAUGUAGUUGAAUCUUAUACACUUCACAACUGAUCCACAAGGUUGUAGUUCACAGAAAGGUUGGAUAGAUUUAUCUCUCUAACUCAUAUUAUCUGACUCUUAUCUUUCAACUUGGUCAUGCAAGCCCAUAGUAAAAGCUUUAUCUUGACAAGUUCCCUGCUUCUUUCUCGUGUUCUUUCCUAUAUAUUUUAUCAUCACUUGCACUACGAUCCAGAUUGCUUGUAUGGAUACAAUUUAGUCAUGGCUUUUGAAUGUUCGUUUAAUUCUAACGUCAAGUUGAAUUACUACAUUUAUUCCUUCUUAUUUUCUCAAGCAGGGGAUGUGGGUGACUGCUUGGAUAGGUCAAAGAAGGGGCCAAUGAUAAAGCAUCAUUGUGGUCUUGGAUUAUAGGUUAGAUGUUUAUAUAUUUGAAAAACUCAGGAAUUUAUGUCUAAAACUCAUAUGACUCUUUCUACCCCCCCCCCCCCCUCCCAUAACUCUUUCUGUCUGAUUCAUUUGAGUUGGUUGAUUGGUACUAACGCAAGCUUAAAGUGGUACACAUCAAGAAUUGCAACCGAAAAAAAUCGAAAAAAUCAAAAUGUAUGGAGCUGUAAGUUACUGAAUGCAUUUCACUCUCUUUUAUCCUAUUAUGAUGCGGCAUAAUGAAAAGGGUAAGACAUAAUAAUAUUUUCUAGCUAUUAGCUUGCACAUAAAAGUUAUCCCCUUAAUCAAGUAUUUUUGACAGAAUUCGCAAGACUCCCAAAAGCAGGAGCUACUUGGAUGCUACAACUACCGAUAAAGCUACUCAUAGACCAUAUUGGAAAGUUCAGGUGAUAGGUAAGCUGCUCUUGGGGUGUUUAUGCAAAUGCUCAUCCUAAAACUUAAAUCAUUAAUCCCUUCACACCAUUUUAGUCAACUCUAUCUCUAUAUAUAUAUAUUGACUAUAUGAAUUAGAACCUUUGCUUGAUUCUAAAGUUGCGGAGAUAUGUGAUUCUAGACUGAUAUGACAUUGUGGUUUUAUGGAAUACUUACUUUAACAUUUUACUCAACUGUUUCAAGUUAAGUCAAGUUGUUUGUUAUUAAAUAUUAUUCACUGUUUUGGCUUACUUCACUGUUUUUCUAAUUGAAGGAACUGUAUAUAAGGAAUACAAGAAAUAGGGGUGAAUAUCAGCUCAAUCAUACAGGAGGCUCAAAGUCCAUUGCUAAAAAAAUUGUUGAGAUGGUAUGUUUUUAGAUGUUUCUUUCAUUUUCUUUACCUCUUGUCUACCAGUUUCCAUAUCUGGAGUGAAUGUGCAAUUUUUGAUGGAUUUGUCUUGUGUGUUUGAUUCAGAUUGUGGUAGUGACUUUUGGUUCAAGGAUUGUUGAUAGCUUUAAGGGGAUUCAGUGUUUUCGAAUGCUUUGCAUGAUGACAACCGAUAGGCCUCUAUCCUAGGUUGCAACUGCUCUUGAACUCAAUGAGUCAUUUAUGGUGUGCUUAAGGAUUGAAACUCUUAGAUUUUUUGCAUGUUAGUUGUAGUGUGAUAGCAACCUGUUCGUUGGAUGGUAUAGUGUCCUUUCUGUUUUUCUUCUUUGGAACCUGUAGAGGAAAUUUUAAGUAAGAUUUUUGACUUGUGUUCUGUUUUAAUAUUUCAGGUUCCUCUUGACUCCACUGCUCGGCAUUCAGCCCACUCUUCGACUGGUGCUCCGAGACAACAGAGGUAUCAUUAUUUAUAAGAUACUCUACUUGAGACAAUUUGCAGAAUGCUUCUUGUGGUUAAUCAGUUAUCCAAAGGCUUUUAGUCCAUUGCUUCCAUGUAAAUGUGUCCUUAGAGAUAUAGUUUGCAUUCUGUUUACGUUACUACCAUGUAUAUCUAAGUGUUGAACAUAAUGAGCCAUGAGAACUUAGUUUAAAUUGGAUGUCUUUGCAGGGCUGCAAGUUAAUGAAGAAGCUGAUGUGAAAAUUUAGUUUGAAUGGGGUGUCAGGCUGCAAGUUAAUGAAGAUUUGGAUUUGGUAGUAUAAGGUGUUAAUAGGGAUUGUAUAUGAGAGUUUUGAACUUUAGAUUGUAGGUUUAAUGGUACUAGAAUUGUUGACUUGCUUGUAGAAUUGAAUGAUUGUUGAUUUGGUAAUCCAAAAGUAGAACCUUUUAACAAAUCAUAUUGGUUUUCUUAUUUGGAUUUGUCGAAAUUGUGAUAUCAAGGAAAAUCCCAGCAGGUUGGGGCUGUGAUUAUUAGAGGAGGUGACUCUUUUAAAUGGUCGGCAGAAUUUAACGACGGUCGGCAGAAGUUAGCGACGGUCGAAAACCGUUUCUAAAACAAUAUUAAUUAUUUAUGAUAUAUUUAUUCCGCGACGGAUUUCUGGAAGAUUGUGUCGGUUGCACCCGUCACUAAACUUUGCCCACGGCUAACGCAACGGUCAACCAAAACCGUCGCAAACACAUUUAAGGACUGCGGGAUCAACGACGUCCAGCUGGCCGUCAUCAAAUGUUAUCGCGACGGUUCCGACCGUUGCUAAAGGCCCGAACAACCGUCGCUAAAUCACUCUUUUGUUGUAGUGAGUGUUCAUCGUCCUUAGUGCUUUAUAAACUAACUAAUAUUUU